CCCGCCGCCAGCGCCAGUCGGCGUCCCGCAAAAUGGCGGAGCCAUCAGCCGACGGUUCGGUAGUCGUCGUGCUAAACAACGGCGACGCGGCACCCGCACCGGUGGCACCGGCGUCGACAGCACCCACGACGACGAGCACGACGACAGACUCCGUCCAGAAUGACAAGGAGGACGACGAGGAUCCGCUCAGCGGCCUGGACAAGAGCUCUCUGCUCGCCGUGCUCAAGUUCCUCAAAAAGAACAAGCUCCAGGAGACCGAGCUGAUCCUUCGCAAAGAGGCAAAGCUCGUCAACGACGGACUCCUACAAGAAGACGCCGCGCAGACGACCACUUCUUCCGCGUCUGACGUGAGUAGCGUCCUCUCCACGUACAAGAGCGAGGGUGAUCCCGACAUCUACGAGGACAGCUACACGAGUUUCAAGCGGUUCAUAGAGUCGUCGCUCGACUCGUACCGUCACGAACUGGCGAUGGUCCUGUAUCCGGCUUUCGUGCACAUGUACCUUGAGCUGGUCUACAACGAGCACGAGCAGCAGGCAGUCAAGUUCAUGGAGCGGUUCGGCCCCGAGCAGGAGGAGUACUACCAGGAGGACGUCAAGAGGCUCGGCUGCCUCACCAAGAAAGAGCACAUGAAGGGCAACGAGUUCAUGGACAACUUCAGGUCAGGCCAGUUUACGGUGCGCAUGUCGCGCGACACGUACAACUUCCUCAAGCGAUACCUGCAGGACAAGAAGAACACGGUGCUGCAGAACAUCGUGCAGGAGCACCUCUACCUCGACGUGUACGAAGGGAUCGCGCGCGCCAAGGCGCAGCUGGACGCGACGGCGGGCGCCUUCCUGGGCGAGGCGGCGCGGCAGGCCAACAAGGUCAAAGUGUACUACGGCCUGCUCAAGGAGCCCGAGCUCACCAUCCCGCUGGACGAGGACGACGAAGGCGCCGACGGCGACGACAAGCCGAAGAAAAAGAAGCCCAAGAAGGACACGCUGCUCUCGAAGAAGGCGCGCAACGACCCGAACGCGCCGCCCAACAGCCGGAUCCCGCUUCCCGAGCUGCGUGACGCCGACAAGAUGGACAAGGUGACCGCCAUGAAGGAGGCCCUCAAGCGGGUCCGGCUGGGUCCCGAGAGCCUGCCGUCCAUCUGCUUCUACACCUUCCUCAACUCGUACCGGGGCGUCACGGUGGCCGAGGUGUCCGAGGACAGCACGCUGCUGGCCGCCGGCUUCGGCGACUCGUCCAUACGCGUGUGGACCCUGACCCCGAACAAGCUGAAGGGGAUGAGGUCGGCGCACGAGCUCGAGACCAUCGACAAGGACGCCGAGGACGUGCUCUACCGGAUGAUGGACGAUCGCAGCGGCGUCGACGUGCGCGUCCUGCUGGGGCACAGCGGGCCGGUGACGUCGGUGAGCUUCAGCCCGGACCACACUUACCUGCUGUCUUCGUCGGAGGACGCCACCAUCCGGCUCUGGAGCCUGUUGACGUGGACUAACGUGGUCUGCUACAGGGGCCACUGCUUCCCCAUCUGGGACGUGAGGUUCAGCCCGCACGGCUUCUACUUUGCCUCGUGCGGCCACGACCGGACGGCGCGCCUCUGGUCCACGGACUCCUACCAGCCGCUGCGAGUUUUCACAGGACACGUGUCCGACGUGGACUGCAUCCAGUUCCACCACAACAGCAACUACGUUGCAACAGGCUCCAGCGACCGCACGGUGAGACUGUGGGACGUGCUGACCGGGAGUUGCGUGCGCUACAUGACCGGGCACAAGGGGCGCAUCUACUGCCUCCAGUUCAGCAACGACGGUCGCUUUCUCGCGUCUGGGGGUGCCGACUGCAAGAUUCUCAUGUGGGACAUUGCCCAUGGCCACCUGCUCGCCGAGCUGUCCGGCCACACGGACACGAUCUACUGCCUCUGCUUCAGUCGGGACACGGCAAUUCUCGCCUCCGGUGGCAUUGACAACUGCAUCAAGCUGUGGGACUUUGCGCGGCUCAUAGAUGAAAUAGAUCUCGAGGAUCUCAACAUUUCCCACGCGCCGACGGUGCGGACAAACUGUGACGGGCUGCUGUUAGGCUCGUAUCCAACCAAGGCGACGUCCAUCUUGGCCCUGCACUUCACGAGGAGAAACCUCUUGCUAGCGGCCGGCAUGUACCAGAGUGGUUCCUGAAAUUGGGAUGGCAUAUCUUUUUAAAAUCUAUUGUGUUGUCACUCCAAUGAAUUGGGCGCACUUGCAAGCAACUCAUCCGUCGCAAUCUUAUACAUAUGUAUAUAAGGUCAUGUAUCAUCACUUUCUAGGAAAAAUAAAUGUCUAUAUCUGUAUCUAAAGCUGUACCAAGCACAUCAUCUGUGUUUUUCUUGCAGUAACUAAAAUUUAGGCGGGACUGUAAGAAUUCAUACUUGACUUAAAGCGCAAAAAACGAGGGCACAAGAAGGAAGACCAGACAGAACGAGCGCUGCUUCAAACUAAAGUUUGUUCUCGGAAAAACACGCCAUGUAUUAGUUGACACAGAUGAAAAGCAACGUACAUCAUUGUGCGAGCGCAAGCUGAACCCCCUCAAAAGGUUCAAGAAAGUUGUAAAAGUUAAUCGUGACACGGUUGUGCUCAUAAAAAACCAAAAGGUUCAAAAGCGUAAGACUUAUAGAAACAAGCUCUGACAUUUCAGUUUUUGUGAGCAUAGCCGUGUCACGAUUUAGUUUAGUUUGAAGUAGCACCCAUCCUGUCUGGGUCUUCCUUCUUGUGUCCUCUUUUUUGCGCUUUAAGUAAAGUAUGUGUUUUUCUUGUUUUUCCUAUGAACUGCAGCCAUGGGGAACUGCACUAAGUUACUGUUUUGCUAUGAAUUUUGUGACGAACUCAACGACACGCUAUUUUGGAGGUGUCAUACACAAUCAAAUGUGGGAUAUCUCUGCAUACAUUAAUCAUACAAAUGUGUCCAUCUGUAUAGCAGGCAUGAAUGCCAUUAAUAUUUCUUGCCUGUAAAUAAAACGACUCAUUUGAACUAAA